UCUCUGGGUACCAGCCGCAGGCAUCCUUUUCCCCAGCCUGCUUGGCUUCCGAGGGGCUUUCUCCCUCCUCUGGCUGCGCCUGUGGUCUGGGAACGGCCUGGAAGCCCAGUGCAGCCCCGGAGAGGGCAGCUGGCAGCUGGCAGGAGCACUUAGGCUGAACACAGCCAGCCGCGUCCCCGAGGCUCUGCAGCAUGGCGUAAAGGAGGCAUUUUAAGCAGGAGAGCUGGGCUGGCUGCAGGACCCUGCCUACUUGGCACCGACUGAGGCGCCUGGCCGGGGCUCUGUGGCUGAAGGGCAGGACCAUGGCCUCCAUGUUGUUCACCCGGCAGCUGGCCAGUGGCAUCCAGCACACCUACCGUCUGCUCAGGCCCGGCUCCAGACACAUCAGUCAAGCCGCAGCCAAAGUCGACGUGGAAUUUGAUUACGAUGGGCCUCUGAUGAAGACGGAAGUCCCAGGGCCUAGAUCUCAGGAGUUAAUGAAACAGCUGAAUAUAAUUCAGAAUGCCGAGGCCGUGCACUUUUUCUGCAAUUAUGAAGAGAGCCGAGGCAACUACCUGGUCGACGUGGACGGCAACCGGAUGUUGGAUCUUUAUUCCCAGAUCUCCUCUGUCCCCAUAGGUUACAGCCACCCUGCCCUCGUGAAACUCAUCCAGCAGCCUCAGAACGCGAGCAUGUUCGUCAACAGACCUGCCCUGGGAAUCCUGCCGCCAGAGAACUUCGUGGAGAAGCUGAGGGACUCCUUGUUCUCAGUGGCCCCCAAAGGGAUGUCCCAGCUCAUCACCAUGGCCUGUGGCUCCUGCUCCAAUGAAAACGCCUUCAAGACCAUCUUCAUAUGGUACCGGAGCAAGGAGAGGGGCCAAACGGGCUUCUCCAAAGAGGAGCUGGAGACCUGCAUGAUCAACCAGGCCCCCGGUUGCCCCGACUACAGCAUCCUCUCCUUCAUGGGCGCCUUCCACGGGAGAACCAUGGGUUGCUUAGCGACCACCCACUCUAAAGUCAUACACAAGAUCGACAUCCCAUCGUUCGACUGGCCCAUUGCGCCGUUCCCGCGGCUGAAGUACCCCCUGGAAGAGUUUGUGAAGGAGAACCAGCAGGAAGAGGCCCGCUGCCUGGAGGAGGUGGAGGAUCUGAUUGUGAAAUAUCGGAAAAAGAAGAAGACGGUGGCCGGCAUUAUCGUGGAACCCAUCCAGUCCGAGGGCGGAGACAACCACGCAUCGGAUGACUUCUUCCGGAAGCUGAGAGACAUCUCCAGGAAGCACGGCUGUGCCUUCUUGGUGGAUGAGGUCCAGACGGGCGGCGGCUGCACCGGCAAGUUUUGGGCCCACGAGCACUGGGGCCUGGACGACCCAGCGGAUGUGAUGACCUUCAGCAAGAAGAUGAUGUCCGGGGGCUUCUUCCACAAGGAGGAGUUCAGGCCCAAUGCCCCUUACCGGAUCUUCAACACCUGGAUGGGGGACCCAUCCAAGAACCUGCUGCUGGCCGAGGUCAUCAGGGUCAUCAAGAGGGAGGACCUGCUGAGGAACGCGGCCCACGCCGGGAAGGCCCUGCUCACGGGGCUGCUGGACCUCCAGGCCCGGUACCCCCAACUCAUCAGCAGAGCGAGAGGACGAGGCACGUUUUGCUCCUUCGACACUCCAGAUGAAUCCACACGGAACAAACUCAUCCUAAUAGCCAGGAACAAAGGUGUGGUUUUGGGGGGCUGUGGCGACAAGUCCAUCCGUUUCCGUCCCACUCUGGUCUUCAGGGAUCACCACGCACACCUGUUCCUCAAUAUCUUCAGUGACAUCUUAGCCGACUUCAAGUAGACGAACCGUUUCCAUCCACACUCUGAGAAAGCCCCGAUCUCAGCAGUUGUCAGAUUGAUUCGUUUGCCUAAUUCAUGUUUUCACUUAAAAGCGUCAGGGGUGAAUGCAUAAACUGAAGGGGUCUGUGCGGAGGAGGGUCUGGGGGGAGGGGAGGGGGAGGGGCUGGUUUCCACGGUGCGCCCUGCAGAGCCACUGGCAGCUGUUGGUUUAGGCCCAGACAUUCUGCUUGAGCCCUGGACACAGUCUUUUGGGAAGGGCUGUGGGAGCCCUGGUCCCUAUUUCCACCCACCGUUGACCCCACCCAUUUCCUUGGAAGCCAGUCCAGGGAAUUAGAGCUGCUCCGGCGACUGGGCGCCGGCGCUCCUGGGUGCUGGGGCAUCUCCAGUGCCGUGUCCUGCGAUCAGGGGUGCUGGCUGCCCUCCACCCUGUGCAGACAGACACGCUCUCGCCUUCUCACCCCGCCCCCGGAGCUCUGAACACGCGCCAUCCAGUUCGGUGGGGGACAGGGCGGAUCAUAGGAAGGCAGUAAAAGAGAGUCAUUAGGAUUGAGCUUUGGGGGGGUGGUGUGGGAAGAGGUCUUCCAGCCUCCUUAAGACGGGGGGCCCUUAUCUCGAUGCCUCUGGGGAGUCCUCUGUGCUAAGAAUUCUGGCCUUGACGUGGCUUUGCCCUUGGGGGUCUCUUGCUGGCCUCACUGGCAGUUCUUACUCACCGUCCCCCGUUCCCCAAACUCACCUGCUCGUCCUCACUUGCUCAGUGCCAACCUAGACCCCCAGGGGACGCACCUGAGCCUGGAGGUCCGCAGCACAAGCCUGUCACCUGGGAGGGUGAGCCCAGCGGCUGGGGCAGCUUCUUGCUGUUUCGGAGGCAGCCAGCGUCUGCUCUCCGUGGCCCCUCACCCCCAGAAGCUCCUUCUCCAGCUUUGCUCACCCACCUUUCCUCCGCUUCUGAGGAGCCAUGGGAACAGCUUUGCUCUUCUGUCAGAGGGGCCAGUUGCUGGACUAGUUGCCCUCUUGAGGGAAGCAUCAUGAAUUAAAGGCACAAGAGCUCCAGGCAUUGAGAAGUAGCCCAUUGGUUCAGGGUGGCGGCUUUGUACUUGCCAAACAAAGUUAGAGAUUUUGCCGAGAUGAAUAUGGAGAUUACAGGCAAAUGAUACUUAAAUGCUUCACUGGGCUGCGGCUGAGACUAAGUGAUCUCUGCUGGAGGCUCAGACAGCCUUGGAACUGAUUUGACCUCCUACAGUGAUGACGUCCUACAGUGAUGACGUAUCGUUUAGUGGGUAGACUAAGAAAGUCUGGCUUGUAUCCUGAGUCCACAAGGAAGCCACUUCAUCUCCUGGUGCGUUGGUUGAGCGUUUUGGAAGACGGGCACAUCUUGGUUCCUGAUUCAGCAUUUUGUUCUUUUAAUAACUAAUCAUCCAAAGACCUCAGUGUUUUUUAGCUUCCCCUCUAGCGCAGAUUUGGUCACCACUCUGUUUUUGUUGAGAAAUGAAAGGCACUAACAUGUUCGACAGGCAUGUAAGGAUCCAGGAAGUCCAGUUGGCUUUGCAUUCCUGAAGUCAUGGCUGAUCUGUUGCUUUUAAUCGAGUUCUGUUGUUUUUAAGGCCAUUUGCACUGCCAGCUAAAUGGAGACUUGUGCCUCUCCCUCUCUGCAAGUUUUCAUUUAUUUAUCAUUUAUUCAUCCAGCCAUUCGUUCAUCAAGCUUUCAUUAAAUACCUGCUCCAUCCCAGGUCCUGUACUAAGCACUAGAAAUAUGAAAAUGAAAUAAAGCAUAGUCCCUGCUCUCAAGGGAUUCUUACCCUACUGGGGACAACAACUCUUAAACCAGUAAUUAAAGCAGAGUGGCAGGUGCUGUCAGAGGUGUGCACAGUGUCCAGAAAUCAGAGGGAGUGCCCCAAUCCACCUAAACAGAGUCAGAGAAGGUUUCAGGGAGGAAGUGGCAUUUGAGCAGGGUUUUGCAGAAUGAGCAGUUCACCUAGCAGGCAAAGCAAGGAAGAGCAUUUUAGAAAGGGAACAGAAUGUGCAAAGGCAAACUCAACCAAAAUUCAUUCAUUGGCUUAAGAAUUCUCUCCCCUGAGAACUUCAGCAUUGGAUACAAGCAUUCACGAAGCUUCUUGGAUUCUCAAAGGGUUUUAAGCCAGGGAACAGUCAGAAACUUGGCAGAGAGACUGGCUCAAGUAUUUUGUUCUCUUCCCACUGGGCAUUGACACAGGAAUGAAACCAUUUUAUCUGGAAAGUCAUUUCUGGACUUAUUCACUCCUUAUCAAGGGAAGUUACUUAUUGUAAAGAAAAAUUUAAGCCAUUUAUCAACAAGUGCUUGUUGACUCAGGGCACAGUGAGUUUCUGAGACAUCCUCUUUUGGGGGAUAGCUGGAAGAAUUUCAAGGAAAAUAAUGCUCUGCAGAGCUCAGGUGUGGAAAUCUGGAAGCAGCUGGUGAAAACCUGGGGGUGCCCAAUGGAUAGAGAGCCAUCCAGGACAGAGUUCAUGAAGAAGUGCUUCUGUGGCCCAUGGUCUGGAAACAAAUCCAUCACACAUUAGUGCCAUCGAUUUUAGCAAAUGUCUGUAGUAAGUCUUGUCACUGUUACAGAAAACAAGAUCCAGUAAUAGCAAGUCUUAGCACAGCCUCACUUUUAUUAUAAAUGGGUGUUUUUUAUAAUUUUUACUGACACUCAGUAACCAUGCAAAAUUGUGCACAUUAUCUAUAUAUCUAUACCUACCUAUCUAUCUAUGUAUGUCAGCUCUUGGUAGAAAACCAUAGCUAGGGAACCUCACAGACUGACGCAUUCAAAGUGAUUUUGUUUACAGUAUUCUGUUGACAGUGCCAAUAAACGGUGAAGAAGUUAACGUGUCACAUUGUAACUGAUGACUCCAUGCACAAUUCCAUGAAUUAAAUCCAUUUCCUGUGUUAAUCAAUAUUCUUAAAUUAAAAACUUUAUGAUGGAA